UCUUGCAACAUUUUGUCCUCAUUGCUAGGAACAACAUAAUCUCAAAACUGUAUAAAAUCAAGUUCGUAGUGAAAAACAAGAGGAACUCUGAUGUGCCUUUUUGGUGCUUUAAAGAUGAACCUGUUGAUGCUCCUGACUUUGGCUGCAUUGGCUAAAUGCGCCCACUCCUGCCCAGAUCUGUGCUCCUGUUCCUUCCCAGCUUCAGGUGCAGAGGUGGUGUGCAGCCAAAGUUCUCUUACACAUUUCCCAGCAGAUGGUUUACCCUCCAACACAACUCGACUUUCCAUCCAAUCCACCAAACUCAGCAGUAUCACAGCCAGCCAUUUGAGUGCUGUGCCCCGUUUAAACUACCUCCAGCUUUAUCACAACAACCUGACAAGCCUUCCUUCAGAUCUACUGAAGGACGUUCCUCACUUGGACACGUUGGAUCUGACAGGAAAUCGUCUGAUUCAUCUUCCUCCAAAUGUCUUCGACCAUGCCUCACUACGCAGUCUUGUGCUGAAGAAUAAUCUGAUUGGAAAAGCGGAUGCUGAGUGGUUUACCGGCAAUAGUAGCCUGACCUGGCUAGAUUUGUCUGGAAACCGUUUAUCGAGUAUACCUGCCACUCUGCUUCAAAAGAUGCCAAAUCUGGAUAAUCUGGACUUAAGUGACAACAGUCUGCAAGACCUGCAUCCUGACGCCCUGAGGAACCUGCACCACCUGGGGACACUGAAUCUCGCUGGUAACAAUUUCACCUCCCUGAAACCUACAACCUUCAUGCACAACCUGAAGCUAUCCCAACUGUUUCUGUAUGAGAAUCAGCUCCGAGAGCUGCCAGUGACCCUCUUCCAGGGUCUCCAACAUCUUGAACUUCUGCUGCUAAAUGGGAAUCAGUUGCAGAAUUUCCCCUUAGGGCUGCUGGAUGACAAAGAAAUCUUUUUCCGGAUGAUCUUAACAGGUAACCCCUGGAGGUGUGAUGAGAAGAUGGAGUAUCUGUGGAAGUGGCUCACUGUCCAUUCUCAAAAUGUCAUCUUUUUGGAGGAGGUGACGUGUGCAGCGCCUGAAGCUCUUAAAAACCGACAAGUUGUCUCUUUAACUGAGAGUGAGCUUGGACUUCAAAAGAUUGAAGAUUAGUAAUGUGGACAUCACUAAAUAAUACGUUUAGGGAUUGUUCACUAUUUACGAGAGGGGAGGGAGUUGUGCUAAUGUCAUUGUGUCUUUGUGAAGCCAAAGACAUUUUUCUAUAUUUUGGACAAAUAAAUAUCUAAUCUAAUCUAA